AUAGGCGCUUUGAUCAGAAAGGAACGUUACGUGGGACUCACUGUCAGUCGCGAUAGUGUUCUUAAGAUUCCGGAACACUAGGUGAUGUCAGUCCAAACUCUAGUGACUAAAAAGCGAAAGGAGUUUAUUGGACUCCCAGCACCCUUGGGAUAUGCUGCUGGUAUAGGACGUGGUGCUGUAGCGUUUACUACAAGAUCUGAUAUUGGUCCAGCCCGUGAAGCUAAUGAUGUUUCAGAUGAACGACAUGUCGCUCCAUCUAAACGUCGAAAGGAGCAGGAAGAGGAAGAGGAGGACCUGAACGAUUCAAAUUAUGAUGAGUUUACAGGCUAUGGUGGUAGUUUGUGCGCUAAGGAUCCUUAUGAGAAGGAUGAUCAGGAAGCAGAUGCUAUCUAUGCUUCUAUUGAUGAUAGGAUGGAUGAAAGACGGCGGGAGUACAGAGAAAAACGUUUUCGCGAAGAGAUCGAAAAGUAUCGUCGCGAAAGACCGAAGAUUCAACAACAGUUCAUGGAUUUGAAGCGUGAUUUAGCGAGUGUAUCUGAAAGUGAAUGGAAUGCUCUACCGGAAGUUGGUGAUUCACGAAAUAGGAAGCAGAGAAACCCUAGAUAUGAACGUUUCACUCCGAUCCCAGAUAGCAUAAUUGCAAAAGGCUUGUCUGAUGGUCAAACCAAUGUUUCUGUAGAUGUAAUUGAACAAAGUUUAGGAGGCUUAACUACACCGUUUACUUCACAAACAGCUCAAAUGGACAUUGAUAUGAAGAAAAUUGGUGAAGCGCGUACUUCUUUGAUGGAUAUAAAGCUGACACAGGUUUCUGAUAGUGUAUCAGGACAAACUGUUGUUGAUCCUAAAGGGUAUUUAACUGACCUACAGUCUAUGAUUCCUCAACAUGGUGGUGAUAUAAACGACAUGAAAAAAGCUCGACUCUUAUUAAAAUCGGUACGCGAAACUAAUCCUAAACAUGCUCCUGCUUGGAUUGCAUCUGCUCGUUUAGAAGAAAUAGCUGGUAAACUCCAGGUUGCGCGCAACUUAAUUCUUAGUGGGUGUGAAGAAUGCCCUAAAUCCGAAGAUAUUUGGCUAGAAGCAGCACGCUUAGUACCACCCGAACAAGCAAAAUCUGUUGUAGCUCAAGCUAUACGCCAUUUACCUCAGUCGGUCCGCUUAUGGGUAAAAGCAGCCGACUUAGAAACAGAGCAUAAAGCCAAAAAAGUUGUAUUUAAAAAGGCAUUAGAACAAGUUCCGAACUCUGUAAGGUUGUGGAAAUUGGCAGUUGAAUUAGAGGAUGAAGAUGAUGCCCGACUAAUGUUAUCUUUAGCCGUUGAAUGUUGUCCAACGUCUGUUGAAUUAUGGCUUGCAUUAGCUCGUCUGGAAACUUAUGAACAAGCUAGAGUUGUUUUGAAUAAAGCUCGCGAAAGCAUUCCUACAGACAGACAAAUUUGGUUUGCAGCCACUCGUUUAGAGGAGGCUCAAGGAAACCAGAAUAUGGUACAGAAAAUUGUUGAUCGUGGUGUCGCAUCUUUACAGGCAAAUAUGGUUGAAAUUAAUCGUGACCAGUGGAUUAAAGAUGCAGAGGAAUGUGAAAAAGCUAAAAGUGUUCUUACCGCUCAAGCUAUAAUUAAAGCUAUUAUAGGAUAUGGCUUAGAAGAACAAGAUAAAAAGCAUACAUGGUUGUCGGAUGCAGAGAAUUGUGCUACUAGCGGUGCAAUAGAAUGUGCUCGUGCUAUUUAUGCUGUAGCAUUGGCUCAUUUUCCUACAAAAAAAAGUAUUUGGCUACGUGCUGCGUAUUUUGAACGAAAUCAUGGAACAAGAGAAACUUUAGAAGAACUUUUGCGUCAAGCUGUUAGUCAUUGUCCUCAAGCAGAAGUGCUUUGGCUUAUGGCAGCAAAGACACGCUGGCUUGCAGGUGAUGUUCCAGCAGCUCGUUCUAUUCUAGCUCGUGCAUUUGAAGCUAAUCCCAAUUCAGAGGAGAUAUGGUUAGCUGCUGUAAAACUUGAAUCAGAAAAUAAAGAAUAUGCACGUGCACGUCGUUUACUAGAUAAAGCUUGUGCUUCUGCUUCUACAGCUCGUGUAUGGAUGAAAGCGGCUAGAUUGGAAUGGUGUUUGGGUGAAUUAAAUAAAGCUUUAGAAAUGUUAGAAAAAGCUACAUCAACAUAUAAUCAGGCACCAAAGCUGUGGUUAAUGCUUAGUCAAGUUUAUGAACAGUUGUCAGAAGAAGGCUUAAAACCGAAUGAGGUUGAAUCAUUAAAAGAACGUGCUAGAAACACCUAUCGCGAAGGACUGAAUCAUAACCCACAUUAUACUGCUCUGUGGUUGCAGUUGGCCAGAUUUGAAGAACGACAAGGUAACUUAACUAAAGCACGUUCCAUUUUGGAGAAGGCCCGUUCACAAAAUCCUAAAACACCAGAACUGUGGUAAGUAGUAUUCAACCAACACAAAUCUCAAAUAAUGCUCACAAUAAUUACGUAUUUAAUUAUUUUUACAAACGAUAUUUAUCUGAAAAUUCGAUUACAUUCAUAAUUCAUUUCACUUAAUAGACAAAUUACGACCAUUUGUUCUCAAGUUCGAAGCUCACUCUACUCAGUCAGAUUUAGGUAAUUGAUUAAUGCCUCUAACUGUUACACAACAUGAAGUUGUGCAGCCUAAACAUAGUACUGUAUUAUAUAUUUAUUUGUUGACUUACAUUAUAAAAAUACCAUUCACUUAACUUUUCAAUGCAUCUAGGUCCAAGGUUUUAUAGAACUGACUUCAUUUUCUAAAAUCGGGUUGGAUGAUCAUAUAUUUAUUUCUUUACUAGCAGAUAGUAUUAAUUUCUUCAAAAAGCUAUCUAAAUUACGAUUCCUACCUUCAUGCAUCCGAAAGAGGUACAUAAGAAUUACCUUACGAUUUUAAGGUACAAAUUUGUAGAUAAAAAACAAAUUAGACAUAGAAUAUUUUUUCUUACCUGAACAACACUGAACAGAUAAAAUACAUUUCAUCAUUCGUAAGAUGUUGUAGGUGAAUAAUGUAAAUGAUCUGUGUCGAAUGAUUAGCGGCCAGCUAACGUCGCGGUUAGUACCUAAUGUGAAUUACUCCUUUGUCGUAUCCAGGUACGUUGUCUGCUGUUUGAUGGCUGUACAACACAAACGACUUUAUUACAUAGAUAUAUUAGUAAGAGUAGGUGCAUAGAAGCGAGUGUGACCACCACCUCACGUACCGCUCCACGACGUGCGAUUAGCGGAUGCGCGUUGGUUGUUCCUGACCUUGACGAGGACCGGUGAUCUGUUCGACAUUCAGUGACUUAACUGGAGGAGCGAUUUGGCUAGGACUCAGUGACAUUUCUCUGGUCCUACAGUGUAAACAGUACACAAUAUUUUUACAGACUGAUAGACAGAAAUACCGUACAAUGACAGUGUUUCGUUCCAAGGUACCAUACAUGUACCACAAUUAAAAAACCAAAAAGAAAUAGAAGGAACACGAAAACUAUUAUAAUACCAAACUAGCAAUCAAUUUUUCGAAAUGACCAUCCGAACUUUAGGUGAUAAACAUCUUUAUAAGGUGUACUAAAUUAAAUUUACGUAUGUUAAGGAUUAAUCUACAUAUAGACUGUAGAAUCUAAGUCCUACAGUAGUAUUUCAUAUCAAUAUUUCUUAGUUCUUUCUGAAUCUUCAGUAUGUACUUAUUUCAGUAACAUGAGUUUAGAAAAUGCUAAUUAGCUGAAUUCAUACUUAGAUACCCAUUUGGUUAUGAAAACCAUCAUUUCAAUUUGUAUUAUGGAGAUUCCUUGACAGGUUUUUUUUAGCUAGACGGUACUAUGGCUUUUUUUACGUUUUCAGCAAUUCGUCAAUGGAAAUCACUCCUUCAUAAAAACUCAAAUCAUGCUGCUCAGUUGAAUUUGUUGACAUCUUUCUUGAUACUGUAUUAGACUGUUCACUGGUUAUGUAAUGCUCGAAAUAUUUUUGAUUUUAUUAGGUUGGAGGCUAUCAGAUUAGAAG